AUGAAACCCAAACCAUUUCUUCUUCUUCUACUCCUACUCCUACUGCAGCUUAAUUACUUGUUCCAUCUAGCAGACUCAAAGCCGCACCUCGUCCCUUCCGACCCAUCCCAGCUGGCAUCAUGGGUGGCCCACAGCAUGAGAUCAUCCUCGCCGUCCUCGCAAGGCACGGACGGCGACCAGCGCCUGUCGGCGGCGGAGAGCGGCCGGCCCAGGGUGAUCAGGGUCGCCAAGAGCGAGCCGGCGGAUUUCGGGACGGUGACGGAGGCCAUCAGCAGCAUCCCGGAGGGUAACACGAGGCGGACGGUGGUUUGGAUCGGCGGAGGCGUCUACUGGGAGAAGAUCACCGUCGGCUCCGGCAAGCCGUUCGUCACCUUGUACGGAGACCCGGCGGACAGGCCGCGCAUCGUUUUCAACGCCACCGCUUCCCAGUACGGCACCGUCUACAGCGCCACCGUGGCGGUCGAGAGCGACUACUUCAUGGCUGUCAACGUCAUCUUUGAGAACGCGGCGCCAAUGCCAGAGAUCAACAGCAAAGGCUCCCAGGCGGUGGCGAUGAGAAUCUCCGGCGACAAGGCCGCCUUCUACAGCUGCGACUUCCUCGGGUUCCAGGACACACUCUGCGACUCCCAGGGCCGCCACCUGUUCAUGGACUCGUACGUCCGCGGCACCGUCGACUUCAUCUUCGGCAACGGCACUUCUCUCUACCUCAACGUCACCAUCGAGUCGGUGGCGGAGGAGACCGGUGUGAUCACGGCUCAGGCCAGGGAGAAAGAAGGCGAGACCAGUGGGUUCUCGUUCCUCCACUGCACCAUCAGAGGCGCCACAAAGGACUACACUACGUACCUGGGCCGGGCUUGGAGGGAGAGGUCGAGGGUGGUUUUUGCCUACACUUUCAUGCCCGCCGUCAUCAACCCCGCCGGCUGGUAUAGCGUCGGCUCCACCCCCAACCCUAACCAGAGCGUGUACUAUGGGGAGUACAAGUGCAAGGGACCAGGUGCGAUUCCGUCGGGGCGGGUUAGCUACGCCAAGUUGCUGACCGACGAGGAAGCCAGCCCGUUCUUGAGCAUGACGUUUAUCAAUGGCCACAAGUGGCUUCUUCCUCCACCUCGACUCACCACCACCUUCUCGACUUCUUCUUAUAACCGAUGA